CCCGCGGAGCCCGGCAGCCUGGGCCGCGAGUGGGGAGCUCGUGCGCCGCUCUGGGGUCUCUCCUGCCCUGCGGUUGCUGGGGAGAUGCUGGAGCGCGGCACCCGGCUGCCCCAUCUGGAGCGCUGAAGCACCACGCGGGGAGCCCCCGGGGGCGGGCGGCGGGGGGCGCGGACUGCGGUAGAUGUGAGCGGCGCUGCUCUGGCGCUGCGAGACGUCGUUCCAGCACGGUCAGGUGCCUCCGGCGGCCCGCUGCUAGUCGCUCCACUAACUUGACACUUGGCAGGGUCUGGUCUCCGAGGCUUUGUACGCUGCGGGGAGGUGGGGGGCGGGGGGAGUGGGGAGUCAGAGGGUCUGCGGUAGCCGAAGGAGGGAUCCUGUGACGGGGAGCCCGCCCGGUGCCGCUCUUCUUCCCCUCCCUAGCGCUCCCCUCCCCCCACCCGGUCGCUGCCUCUUUCUCUUCUGCCAAUUCGGAGAGCGACGGGUGCCUGUGACAUGAGAUUGCUGCCAAGUGACGGUCCCCGAGUCUGAAGUGCCCGUGAGGAAGUGAGCGCCAGCGCGGGCCGCCCGCGAUGACAGCCGUGAAGCAGGAGCCGCAGCCCACCCCGGGGGCCAGGGCGAGCCAGGCGCAGCCGACCGACCAGGAACUGGGAAGUAACAGCCCUCCACAGAGAAACUGGAAGGGAAUUGCUAUUGCCCUGCUGGUGAUUUUAGUUGUAUGCUCACUCAUCACUAUGUCAGUCAUCCUCUUAACCCCAGAUGAACUCACAAAUUCAUCCGAAACCAGAUUGUCUUUAGAAGAUCUCUUUAGGAAAGAGUUUGUGCUUCACGAUCCAGAAGCUCGAUGGAUCAACGAUACAGAUGUGGUGUAUAAAAGCGAGAAUGGACAUGUCGUUAAACUGAAUAUAGAAACAAAUGCCACCACAUUAUUAUUGGAAAACACAACUUUUGUAACCUUCAAAGCAUCAAGACAUUCAGUUUCACCGGAUUUAAAAUAUGUCCUUCUGGCAUAUGAUGUCAAACAGAUUUUUCAUUAUUCGUAUACUGCUUCGUAUGUGAUUUACAAUAUACAUACUAGGGAAGUUUGGGAGUUAAAUCCUCCAGAAGUAGAGGACUCCAUCUUGCAGUAUGCAGCCUGGGGUGUCCAAGGGCAGCAGCUGAUUUAUAUUUUUGAAAAUAAUAUCUACUAUCAACCUGAUAUAAAGAGCAGUUCAUUGCGACUGACAUCUUCCGGAAAAGAAGGAAUGAUUUUUAAUGGGAUUGCUGACUGGUUAUAUGAAGAAGAAAUUCUGCACUCUCACAUCGCCCACUGGUGGUCGCCCGAUGGAGAAAGGCUUGCCUUCCUGAUGAUUAAUAACUCCAUGGUGCCAACCAUGGUCAUCCCUCGGUUCACUGGAGCGCUGUAUCCCAAAGGAAAACAGUAUCCUUAUCCUAAGGCAGGUCAAGUGAACCCAACAAUAAAAUUGUAUGUUGUAAACCUGUAUGGACCAACUCAUACUUUGGAACUUAUGCCACCUGACAGCUUUAAAUCAAGAGAAUACUAUAUCACUAUGGUUAAAUGGGUAAGCAAUACGAAGACGGUGGUGAGAUGGUUAAACCGACCUCAGAACAUCUCCAUUCUCACAGUCUGUGAGACCACUACUGGUGCUUGCAGUAGAAAAUAUGAAAUGACAUCUGAUACGUGGCUCUCUAAACAGAAUGAGGAGCCUGUGUUUUCUAGAGAUGGCAGCAAAUUCUUCAUGACAGUUCCUGUGAAGCAAGGGGGCCGCGGAGAAUUUCACCAUAUAGCCAUGUUCCUCAUCCAGAGUAAAAGUGAGCAAAUUACCGUGCGGCAUCUGACAUCAGGAAACUGGGAAGUGAUAAAGAUCUUGGCAUACGAUGAAACUACUCAGAAAAUUUACUUUCUAAGCACCGAGUCCUCGCCCAGAGGAAGGCAGCUGUACAGUGCUUCUACUGAAGGAUUAUUGAAUCGCCAAUGCAUUUCAUGUAAUUUUAUGAAAGAACAAUGUACAUAUUUUGAUGCCAGUUUUAGUCCCAUGAAUCAACAUUUCUUAUUAAUCUGUGAAGGUCCCAGAGUCCCAGUGGUCAGCCUACACAGCACAGACAAUCCAACAAAAUAUUUUAUAUUGGAAAGCAAUUCUAUGCUGAAGGAAGCUAUCUUGAAGAAGAAGCUAGCCAAGUCAGAAAUCAAAAUCCUUCAUGUUGACGACUAUGAACUUCCUUUACAGUUGUCCUUUCCCAAAGAUUUUAUGGACCGAAACCAGUAUGCUCUUCUGUUAAUAAUGGAUGAAGAACCAGGAGGCCAGUUAGUUAAUGAUAAAUUCCAUAUUGACUGGGAUUCCGUACUUGUCGACACAGAUAAUGUCAUUGUAGCAAGAUUUGAUGGCAGAGGAAGUGGAUUCCAGGGUCUGAAAAUUUUGCAGGAGAUUCAUCGAAAGUUAGGUUCAGUAGAAGUAAAGGACCAAAUAGCAGCUGUGAAGUUUUUGCUAAAACAGCCAUACAUUGACUCCAAAAGAUUAAGCAUUUUUGGAAAGGGGUAUGGUGGCUAUAUUGCAUCAAUGAUCUUAAAGUCUGAUGAAAAGCUUUUUAAAUGUGGAUCAGUGGUUGCACCUAUCACAGACUUGAAGUUGUACGCCUCAGCUUUCUCUGAAAGAUACCUCGGUAUGCCGUCUAGGGAAGAAAACACUUACCAGGCAGCCAGUGUGCUACAUAAUAUUCAUGGCUUAAAAGAAGAAAAUAUAUUAAUAAUUCAUGGAACUGCUGACACAAAAGUUCAUUUUCAGCAUUCAGCAGAAUUAAUCAAGCACCUAAUAAAAGCUGGAGUGAAUUAUACUAUGCAGGUCUACCCAGAUGAAGGUCAUAAUGUAUCUGAGAAGAGCAAGUAUCAUCUUUACAGCACAAUCCUUAGAUUCUUCAGUGAUUGUUUAAAGGAAGAAAUAUACGUCUUACCACAGGAACCAGAGGAAGAUGAAUAAUGAACCCUAUUUAUACAGAACAGAUGGAAAUAUUGAGGCUGAAUGAAACCUAACCCAGAGACUGUAAUAUUGUAGAUGCUCCAGAAUUUCAAAGGCAGCUUAUGGGGAUGACAUUGGAACAGCACACUCAGAGAGAUACUGAACUGGCAUUUGACUACAGAAGUCCAAGUCUACUGUGUUGCCAAGGGUGCAGAACCUGUUUCUUUGUAUAAGGAAGGUUAUAGGAUUGGUUUCCUGGGAGAAAUUAGUUUUGCAUUAAAGUAGUAGUGCAUGUUUUCUUCUGUUCUCUCCCUGUUUGUUACGUAACUAGUUGCUCUCAUUUUAAUUUCACUGGUCACCACCACCUUUGCAUAUAAUGCACAACUUAUCAUCAGUCCUACAGUCCCUGAUCUUUUAUGGCUGAACUGCAAUCUAACACUUUACUGUACCUUUACAAUAAGUGCAAUUCUUUCAUUGUCUAUUAUUAUGCUUAAGAAAAUAUUCAGUUAAUAAAAAGCAGAGUAUUUUAUGUAACUUCCGUUUUUAAAAAGGCAUUAUUAAAUGGGUCAAAGGACAUAUAGAAAUACGGAUUUCAGCACCUUCCAAAGUUCAGCCAGUUAUCAGUAGAUACAAUAUCUUUAAAUGAACACACGAGUGUAUGUCUCACUAUAUAUAUACACACAAACACACGUGUGCAUAUACAGUCAAUGAAACUAUCUUUACAUGUUAUUCAUGCUACAAAGGGUAAACUUUUGAUGAAUUAGAAGAGAUGCUCUUUUCCAGACUAUAAUGGAUGCUUUGUUUAAUGAGCCAAAUAUGAUGAAACAUUUUUUCCAAUUUGAAUUCUAGCUAUUGCUUUCCUAUAAAUGUUUGGGUUGUGUUUGGUAUUGUUUUUAGUGGUUAAUAGUUUUCUAGUUGCAAUUUGCUUUUUGAAUAUGAUACCUUGUCACAUGUAAAUUAGAUACUUAAAUAUUAAAUUAUAGUUUCUGAUAAAGAAAUUUUGUUAACAACGC